CGCUAGGUGGGUGACUCAAAGCGGUGUGCUCGUCAUGCUUCGACAUGUCAAGGGAGGUGAAAGACAGAAUGGCAGAGAAUUGUGAGAGAAUGUCAGAAUGGCAUAGAACUGGUUCCCAAAUAAAUACGUUGGACAAUGAGAAACUUGUACGACCAAAAGAGAAACUGCACAUCUUAUUACAGCAGGCAGGUGCAGACAAAGACGUUUUCACCAUGAAAGAGGUGAUAUUCUACCUGGGGCAGUACAUCAUGAAGAAGCAGCUUUAUGACAUGAAGCAGCAACACCUAGUGCACUGUGCUGACGACCCACUGGGGGCUGUACUGGGAGUGGACAGCUUCUCUGUUAAAGAGCCACGCUGCUCACGUCUCCUCUGUUCUAUUCCAGCGGGUACAUCAUCGACACAAGAGGAGGACGGCUGUGAGCCCAGGAAGAGGCAUAGGUCAGACAGCUUUUCUCUACCCUUUGAUGACAGCAUGUCCUGGUGUGUGAUAGGAGGCCUGAGACGAGACCGGAGGAGCACUGAGUCUUCAGACUCCCACAGUAACACUGAAGUAGGUUCAUCGGUCAGUGACGUGUGUGACGAUGUUCUGAGCCAGGAUCUGGACUCUGAUAACUUCAGCGUGGAGUUUGAGGUGGAGUCCAUUGACUCGGAUGCCUACAGCGAUCCCGAAGAGGCUUCAGUGUCUGGAGAGGACGAGGUGUAUGAAGUCACCAUCUUUGAAGCAGAGGAGGAGGACUCGUUCGAUGACGACACUGAAAUCACGAAAGCAGUAUGUUUCAUAUUAUCCAUAAUAAUAAUAAUAAAAUCUCACCAACACAAGGAUACCACAGCUACCAAUGUUCUGGUUGGUUAGUGUCUGUUGCCUAAU